AUGGCAUCAAGAGGUAGAGGUGGUGGUGGUGGUGGGUUUGCUUGGCCACCACGACCUAAUGUAGAUGAAGCCAUCACUAUGGAGGAGGACGCUGUUGAAAGGACGAGCUCAGUGGGCGUAUCACCUCAUAAAGAUUUAGAGAAAAAGAAAACAGAAGUAGAAUGUGGCAAACAUAUUUGUGAUGGGUCCGGCGCCACGUUCCGUAGAGCAGAAGAAGCAAGCAUUCAGUUUGUCGAAUGUGGCAAUGAACUAACUGAAGAUGAAAGGGAGGAGCUUGAGCUGGGAAUUGAUAAUGCUUUGGAUCAGUGCUUUUUCUGUUUAUAUGGUUUGAAACUUAGAUCCGAUUCAUCUGGUGAAGAUGAUCUAGCCAUGCACAAAAAUACAAGCAGGGGAGAUUAUCAGACGAAGGAACAAUGUGCUGAUGUUUUUCAACUCUUAGAGGAGGCCGGAUCUAAUGGGUUUCUUGAUGCCAUUACAAAGAUACUAUUUUCUGAUGCCGGAAGCCUCAAACAACAGAAGGCAUUAUCUGCAGGAAGUUCUGAGCCAUAUCUGGAGGUUUAUUGCAACUUGUAUUAUCUCCUUGCUCUGUCUGAAGAAAUGAGUGCAACUGAUAAAUGGGCUGGCUUUGUAAUCACCAAGGAAGGGGAAGAAUUCGUGGAGCAAAAUGCGAAUCUCUUUAAAUAUGAUUUACUAUUCAAUCCUCUACGCUUUGAGAGUUGGCAACGGCUUGCGAAUAUUUAUGAUGAGGAGGUGGACUUACUGCUAAAUGAUGGUAGUAAGCAAAUAAAUGUAUUAGGAUGGACGAAAAAUGCUACUUUACCUCAGAGAGUCGAGGCAAGUCGAAGAAGGAGCAGACGGUGCUUGUUGAUGACUUUGGCUUUGGCCAACACAGCGGUCCAACAGGGAAAGGAAAGUGAUGAGAGACAAUAUAGGGAGAAAGAGAGCCAAGAGAGAGCAGAUGACACCGAUGCUUGUGGUGCUGUUCGCGGUGGCGGUGGCGUUGCAGUGGAGAGGCAGAUAAAAAAGGGGUGGGGCGCUGGUGGUGCUUGGUUGCUGUUGCUGGUGGUGCUUGGUCGCUGGUGGAGGUGUUGUCCCUGUAGCGAUGGAGAGAGGAAAGCUGAGAUACAUGAGUUAUUGGCAUUGGUGUACUAUGAUGGUCUUCAAAAUGUGGUGCCAUUUUAUGAUCAAAGAUCUGUGGUACCCGCAAAGGAUACAUCAUGGAUAAUGUUCUGCCAGAAUUCAAUGAGACAUUUCAAGAAGGCUUUUGAAUAUAAGGAAGAUUGGUCUCAUGCAUUUUAUCUGGGAAAACUCUGUGAAAAGCUCGGAUACUUGCAUGAUAUAUCAUUCUCAUAUUAUGAUAAGGCUAUUGCUUUGAAUCCAUCAGCUGUAGAUCCUUUCUACAGGAUGCAUGCUUCACGCUUGAAGCUGCUCUAUACGGUUGGGAAACAAAAUGAACAUGCUUUAAAGGUUGUUGCAGCAUAUUCCUUUACUCAAUCUACAAAGGAUACCAUCAUGAAUAUGUUUGAUAGAAUGGACCCUGAAACUUCAGAGUCGCCAGUGGAUGUUGAGGGAAGUCCUGAUGCCAAUUCUGACUAUCAGUUGGAAGAGGUGUGGCAUAUGCUUUACGAUGAUUGCCUUUCAGCGCUUAAAAUUUGUGUUCAAGGGGACCUCAAACAUUUUCAUAAAGCCAGAUAUAUGCUUGCUCAAGGGUUGUAUAGGAGGGGUGAGAGUGGGGAUCUCGAGAAGGCUAAGGAGGAGCUUUCUUUUUGCUUUAAGUCAUCUCGCUCUUCCUUUACUAUAAAUAUGUGGGAGAUUGAUGGUAUGGUCAAAAAAGGAAGGCGGAAAACAAUUGGUCUUUCUGGGAACAUGAAGGUGCUGGAAGUUAACCUACCAGAAAGUUCUCGAAAAUUUAUUACUUGCAUUAGGAAGUACAUGUUGUUCUAUUUGAAAUUGAUGGAGGAGACGAUAGACAUCUCUACCCUGGACCGUGCUUACAUCUCUAUUCGGGCAGAUAAGAGGAUCCAGUUCUCCUUGUGCCUGGAAGAUUUUGUUCCGAUAGCACUUGGUCGGUACAUCAAGGCUCUAACUUCAUCCAUGCGUCGAACUGACAAUGGCUCUGGUGCUGUGUGCGGCUCUCUUGAUCAUCUUCUGGAGAAGAUGUUCUCUUUGUUCUUGGAACAGGUGACCUUAUGGUCCGAUAUAUGCAAUUUGCCUGAGAUCAAGGGCCCAGAGUUGGUGGAAAGCAACUUACAUGGAUAUCUCUAUCAAUACAUCCAGUCGUUAGAGAGCAAUGCCAAGCUAGAAACUCUUGAAGGGAUAAAUGAGAAGAUAAGAAAGCGUUUGAAGAACCUAAAGUUGUCAAAUAGUAACUGCGCGAAGGUCUACAGGCAUGUUUCUGCUGCUUGGUGUCGGUCACUUGUGAUCAGCAUGGCCCUGAUCACACCAUUACAUACCAAACUGUCAAGUGAGAUCCAAGUUCCUAAUUUAUCAGAUAGUGGUUCGGAAAACACCCAACUGCUUUGUGUUGAUCUGCAAAUAGAUGAAUUAUGGAAUUCAUCAUUUGAGGACCCAAACCAUCUAAAGAUUCUUGAAACAAAGUGGAACCCUUCAUUGUCCAAGAUUAAGAAUGUUAUAAUCAAGAAAGUUUCUGAUGAAGAUUUGGAGACUGCCACAACAUUGCUGAGAUCUUCAUACAACUUCUAUAGGGACACCUCUUGUGCUAUGCUCCCGUCAGGUGUAAACCUUUAUAUGGCACCAUCUCAGUUAGCAACAGAAACAUAUAUUCAGCUGGGCAUGGAUGGGGUUGACAUUCUUGAUAUGAAUACCUCCCGGAAGCUUCUUUUGUGGGCCUACACACUGUUGACUGGUCAUUGCCCUAAUAUCUCAGUUGUUAUAAAAUCCUAUAAAACCUAG